ACGUUCAGUACUAUAUUGUUCAAGUUCGUAGCAGUAAAACAUUGUUGGAAGUUGUUAUCUAUUCCGCAAUUGUUUUCUAAUCCUUACACAGUCUUUUUCUUUUGACUUUAGCAAGUAUCGCCGAGAAAGAACUAGACACUGAAAAUGAAAGUCUUUAACCCGUUUUUAAUCCUAAUCGGGGUAUUCCUCGUCACUGACGGAGCACAAGUCUCCAAAGGCGGGAAAAAUGGUGUCUAUAAUAUCAACAUCGGAAGUGCAGUUGAGUCAAAACAGUUUUUGGGCAUCCUGAAGACCUUGGACAAGAAGCUGAAUAACAUUAUGGAAAAGUUGGGAACGUCUUCCAAUGUUUCAGUGUCCAGAAAUUGUGCUGAAGUUCUUAGAAGAGGUGGGAAGGAAAGUGGUGUUUACACAGUCGAUCCUGAUGGUAGAGGACCAUUCAAGGUUUACUGUGACCAGAAGACUAGUGGAGGUGGAUGGACAGUCUUYCAAAAGAGACAAGACGGUUCAGUCAACUUCUAUCGAGGUUGGGCUGACUACAAGAACGGUUUUGGUGACCUGAAAGGCGAGUUCUGGUUGGGACUGGAUAAAAUCAACCGGUUGACCYAUCAGACUCGUAACCGUCUUCGUGUUGAACUACAAGACACCAAGGGGAACAGCGCUUAUGCCGAGUACGACUACUUUGCUGUGAGCAGUGAAAGAAGCAAAUACAAACUGAGUAUCGGAACUUAUUCAGGUACUGCUGGUGACUCAUUGUCAGGUCAUCGUGGUAUGGCCUUUACCACCAAAGAUCGUGACAACGAUAUCCAUAAAAGUGUAAACUGUGCAGUGAACCACAAAGGUGCCUGGUGGUACACGGCCUGCCACAACUCUAACCUCAACGGUCUGUACCACCAUGGUCAACACAGUUCCUAUGCUGAUGGAGUCAACUGGUAUCACUGGAAAGGAUACAAGUAUUCCUCCAAGAGAGCUGAGAUGAAGAUAAGACCUGCAUAAGAAACAAAUUACUAAAAAGGAGCACGAUAUUAGGCCGGACAACCCCAUGAUAGAAUUAACUAAGUAGUUGAAUGAAUGAUUGGAUAGCUUGCAAGCCAUGUAACCAUAGUACUUGCAGUUGUUAACUUAUAUAAGAGGACAAGAAUCCUGUCAAAUUUAAGAAGUUAGGAAUAAUAAAAGAUGAAAGCAUGAAA